UUCUGUGCGGUGGAAGUGUUUUGCUCUGUGUGUGCGAUUUUAAUUAAACAGUACAACAUGGAUUUUGCACAGUAGUUCAUAUCAGUCUGUAUAAUUAAUUAGAGGGCUUUGGACUCCAUAUUGCUCAUAUUCCAGCAGUUUUUAUCAGCUUCAAACACGCGCGGCCUCGGUGUGCCACACCGUGCGGUGAAGUUUGAUAGAAAUAGCUUGUUUAAUGGAUGCGUUAUUUUUCUGUCUUCAGAAUGACUUCCCCUUACUUUUUAGAAACGGGCGCCGGCGUGGUGACGAGAAAAAGGAGCAAAGUGUUGAAGGCAGAGCUCGGUUUAACUGGUGCACGAAGCAGCGAGGCGAAGGAGACGUCAAAACGGAGGGGCAAAGACGAGGAUAAAACACUGAGUGACCAGGAUCGUUUCUCCUCCGCUGAUGCCCAGAAGGAUCCAGCUGCAGCUGAUCCAGCGCGACGCAGUCAGGGGAGCUCGAGCGCCGAGGGGACGUCGGCCAAGGACAGGCGGAGGAGAGGGGGCGUCAGGCCGGAAUAUGAGCCUGCCGGAGGGCCGGGACGGGGCGAUGCCAAGAAGGACAGGUGGGAGCCCGCGGGCUGGCAGAAGCAGCUGGACAACAUCCGGGAGAUGAGGAAGGGGAAGGACGCACCCGUGGACCUCAUGGGAGCUGAAAAAUGCUUUGACGACCAGGCUUCUCCCAAGGUGAUGCGAUACCAGGUUCUGAUUUCACUGAUGUUGUCCAGCCAGACCAAGGACCAGGUGACCUCUGCAGCCAUGACAAAGCUCCGAGACCACGGUCUGUCUGUGGAGAGUAUUCUAAAAACCGACGAGGGCACCCUGGGGGAGCUGAUCUACCCCGUUGGCUUUUAUAAGACCAAGGUAAAGUACAUAAAGCAGACAACAGAAAUACUGCAGAACCAGUACGAUGGAGAUAUUCCGGACAACGUGGCUGACCUGAUCCGUCUCCCUGGAAUCGGGCCCAAGAUGGCUCACCUGAUUAUGAACAUCGCCUGGCGGAAAGUGUCUGGAAUUGGAGUGGAUACACAUGUCCAUCGGAUCGCCAACAGGCUGGGAUGGGUGAAGAAAAGCACAAAGACUCCCGAGGAGACCAGAGUCGCAUUGGAAGACUGGUUGCCAAGGGACCUCUGGAGUGAAAUCAACUGGCUGUUAGUUGGUUUUGGCCAGCAGGUGUGCCUGCCAAUAAACCCGCUGUGCUCAGACUGCCUUAAUAAGGACAGCUGCCCCUAUGCCAACAGAAGCUGCUCUCCCGACAGCCCAGUCAUCUCCUCAGGCACGAGUCGCUGA